AUGGUCUUGCCAUUAUGUGAGGAGGAUUUGGGGACCUUCCUCGCCCGCGAGGGUCCGAGGAGGAGCCCCUCGUCCUUCUUCCGGGUGGUCCGCCAAAUCGCUGUGGGCCUCGCAGAAUGCCAUCGGCAGAGCGUGGUCCACCGGGAUCUGAAACCCGGCAAUGUACUGAGACAGGGGGCUCCGUUUAUGCUAGCCGACUUUGGAGUGGCCGAGCAAAUAACACCGUGCCGACCACUCCUGACAGAGUUGGCUGGCACUCCGAUGUAUUGGAGUCCGAAACAACUCCGCCGGGAACCGUACAACACCGCGGUGGACCUGUGCGCUUUAGGGCUCGUGGCCAUGGACGUGGCCACGGCACCGCCACCGCACCGCAACCCCCAGAGUGGACCCGGAGCCUAA